CGCGAGAUUUAUGAGCCCCGCAAGCUCGAGAUUGAGUAGUGUCGCCGUUGGAGUUUGUAUGCUCAUUGGUCGAGCACGGCCCUGCUAGGAACUGCUCGUCUUUGCUGGGAGCUGCCGACAAGUCAGAACCAACGGCACCAUGGGAAAUAUUUUUGGGAACCUGCUGAAAAGCUUGAUUGGGAAGAAGGAGAUGCGUAUUCUGAUGGUGGGGCUGGACGCGGCAGGGAAAACCACCAUCCUGUACAAGCUUAAACUUGGAGAGAUUGUCACCACUAUUCCUACUAUCGGAUUCAAUGUGGAGACUGUGGAGUACAAGAACAUCAGCUUCACGGUGUGGGAUGUGGGCGGCCAGGACAAGAUUCGGCCUCUUUGGAGACAUUAUUUCCAGAACACGCAGGGCCUCAUCUUCGUGGUGGACAGCAACGACCGCGAGCGCGUCAACGAAGCUCGGGAGGAGCUGAUGAGGAUGCUGGCCGAGGAUGAACUGCGGGAUGCCGUGCUGCUCGUCUUCGCCAACAAGCAGGACCUCCCCAACGCUAUGAAUGCGGCUGAGAUCACAGACAAGCUAGGCCUGCACUCCUUGCGCCACCGCAACUGGUACAUCCAGGCCACCUGUGCCACCAGUGGGGAUGGUCUCUAUGAGGGCCUGGACUGGCUGGCCAACCAGCUCAAGAACAAGAAGUGAGGCUGGCCUUGGUGCCAUGGGAGGGGCUGGGCAAAGGGGGAGGGCGGGACUUAAAUUUGUCAGGUCUUCUUAUUUUUUCCUUUAUGUUUUUAAGGGCACUGGGGUGGGUUUUGGAUUGAGGGUCUCAACACCCCCCCACCAACACUCACACUAAAAUAUCAUUCUUUUCCUCUCCUUACCCUACAGGCCUGUUAUUUUUGUCUAUCUUGAAAAUAAAACAGGUACUGGGCUUCCCUGUGUGUCGAAUCUGGCAUAAAUCUACUGUAGAUAUAAAAACAAAGUAACGGAUCUUUUGAUUGAAUUGUACUGUCAGCAGCAAUUGAUAUUGAUGGAUAUCUUUGAGAGGGGCUGGCAGAUGGUAAUUGAUCAGUGCGCCUCUGGGACCAGGCCCAGGAAGACCCUCUGUUAGGCCACACGUCCCCCUGACGACACUUGUGUAAGUGUUUGUUCGCCACAGUCGCUCUCGUUAGCUUUAGCGUAUGCACAUGUGCAAUCCGCGUCUCCUGCUUCAUCUGCCAAUGAAAACACUCUACUGAUACUUCCAUUAUUUUGACCGCAGAACCAUUAGAGCCAGUUCAUUGGGAAAUGGGAAAAUGUCAUGGAUUUGUGGGCAUGCCUGUUUUUAUUUUCUCAUUAUUUUUCAAUCAGAUAUACUUCCUCUUCAGGCCUAAGCCUAAGGGUUGUCACUGGAGAGUAGACCUUUCAUGAAGGGUAGGGCUGGGUUCAUAGGUCACACGGCUCUGGCCAUGCGGCUCUGCAGAUUCUUCAUGUGUCCAGUGAUUGUAGGCAGUGUUGCAUCCCUGUCUAAUACCAAUAAUGUCUGGCAGUGUUAUGUGUGCUCUCAGCUUUGGGUCUGAUCUCGGCAGGUAUUCACGCAGCCUGUGGACAUGCCGGCUGUGUGCUUUAUUUUGGCUUGUUCUCUGCUGUGGUAAACUUCUUGAAACCUCAGAUAAAAAGUACAGAAGUCAGUGAUAUUCAAUAUCAGCUCUGAUGAAUUGAUGGUUCUUGUUCUGGAUGAGAGGGACACUAAAAAUAUAUCGAAUUUGCCAGAAAGAGCUCUGGUGUCGUGUAAAGCUAUUGGUUUACAUUUUUAUUAUUUAAAAUGUUUUUCUGUGUGUUGUGGAAUUUUUUCAUACUUUCAUGGGUCAUUUCCGUGAAUUUGGAAGCAUGUAAAUUAACCCAUUGUCUAACGAGCACUGAUCCCUCCUCUGUGCUGCACCUGUACCCACUGACCUCUUGGUUAGACAGACAGUUAGAGUAGCCAGAACACAUACUUUGAUGGUUUAUAUUUCUUACCAAAGCCUGCACUGCAAUUAUGCAGAACCUGACACGCUUCCAUGGCUCCAGACCCUCGUGUCGUACCAUGGCUGCAUGUACUGAGGGCGCAUCAGCAGUGCCUGUACUGCUGGUCUCACAGCUUGAAUGGAGAGAUAUGCGGCUGCAUAGAGAGCCUGAGCUGCACUGAAGCACCUGAAUCCACCUUUUCUCACGCUGCCGUUCACCAGCAGGACGAGAACACUGGCUGGAUGGGGGCCAGGGUGCUUUGGGUGGAGCUGAGGUCCGUCCAGCACAGUCCUAGGCACAGAUGAUGCUCUGUGUGGCCUGGGGCCAGGGCUGCAUAACAGUGAUUUAUGAAGUGGUCUGGAAAACCUGGAAAUAAGCGUUUAUUUACCUUCGUUACUUUUGCUAUGGUAAAGUGAAAAUUUUUAUUAUUUAUUAGAUGUAUUUAUUUCUGUACAAGAAUUGAGGGGAGCACACAAGCCUGAUUCCUCUGUAGUAGUAAGUCUGUUAUUCCUUUAGACUUGAGUGAGUUAGUCAGAUGAAAAUACUGUCCUGUCAGGCAGAAGAGGCUUGUAUUGUGUUUCACAGAAUAGCGGGAUGGAGUAAAAUGAGUGACAAGUUAUUAGAUAAAAUGGAGAGAACUGACAUUCCAUGUUUUUUUAAUGUGUUAUAGAACUGUUACAUUAGUAGAUGUUUGAGGGAAAAUGUCUUUUUUUAUUCAAACAAAACAUUGCCGACUGACAGAGGAAAAACUGCAAUUUCAACCAGUAACGUUACAUUCCAUCACCAACUGAGGCUAGACCCAGUGAUUACGCCAGUCAGUUCCUGUACACUGAUUGUAUUCACACAGACACUCAGCUUCCCCUUAGUACAACAGAUCUGUUGAGCUGUAUCAUUUUUGUGGCCUUAUAUUAAUGGUGGUUGUGUUCUUCUUUCAUCGUUUUGCAAAUCAAACUGUGGGGUAUGGAGUGUAAUCAAAUUCCUUAUGCGCCAUUUUGCCGGGUCAUUUGAUUGUCGCAAAAUAUAUUGCUGCUUUUAAUUAACAUACAUGUUUCCCUGUUUACAUGUUUGUGUUUGUUCCUUAGCGAGAGACUAGUCUGCACGGUCUUCAUAUACAACUUGUGGGCUCCUGUAUUUUAAGAGUGUGCUUGAUUUUCUGGUUGUAGAUUCGAUGUUUUGGGUCCAAUUUUGAUGGAUAGAAAUUGUUUGUGGAAAAACUGAUUAUGUAAAAAAAAACACUGCUGAUGAUGAAAUCCUCAGUAACAUACUGAAGAAAAAUAGUUAAUAAAAUGUGAAUCCUUGGGGUCAGCUUGAUCCUGUGACAGUUUAAAAAGUACUGUGCUGGAAAAUAAACCUGUUUUCUGUUUGACCUGUCA